CAGUCACCUACAUGUCCUGAGAAGUAAAAGUUUUGUUUUUGAUUUCAUUUUAACUUAAUAAAUUAACAGAAAGACAUGAUUUUACAGUUACAUAUUGUGAUUAUAUAUCUGUGUCCACUGGGGGAUUGUUUUGGAUCACUUCCUUAAACUCAUUUGCCUGGUCUGGAACUGACAAACACAGAAAGCAGAGCUCAGAGAUUGUGGUUUCUGCCAAGAUCUCCUUGUGAGUAUUAUCAUGAGAAUCCAAGACAAACUCCUGGGGAGGUCUCUACCAGUGAGGGGUCAACAGCAGUAGACACGAGGCCCAUAAUGGUUUGGGGUUAAAGGUUAACUAAAACCUCAUUAUGAGCACCCCCCACCUGGCUCAACUUCCUGAAUUUGUUCGUCAUUCACCCCAUGCAACGUCUGUGAUCAACGUAUGAACUCCGAGUUGUGAAACAACUGGAACUUUGGAGCAGCGCCCCUUUCACUGUUCCUCAUCCUGUGCCUUCCUUUUUUUUCUUUCCCCUGACUGUCCCCCUCCUUCCCCUGCCAACUCCCCCCAUCUCUGAGCUCCUCCUUUGCUGAAAAGACACAUUUCCUGAUGUCAUUACUAAAUCAAAAUGCUGCUCGGCAAACAGAUGUUGUGAGAGGCCCAACAUGUGGAUUUAGUGACAUAAAUUAACAAGUUGGUCGUGAGAAAACAUGGACCAUACAUUUCAUUUUUCACUCAAUCAAUGAAACCAUCUCUCUCUCUCUCAGUACUCUUUAAGUGUAGUGAUAGUGAGAAAGUAUCUUACAAAUGUAACACAAGCUCCUUGUGACAUGAAAAACAAAGGUUUCCCACACUUGUGGUGGAAAUAUCAGUGUGUUUUCUUUGUCUGUGUAAAGACAGUUUAGCGUUUUAAACAGCUGGUCAGCUCUGACUAAUAACUUAUUCCAGGUUUGGUCAAAAUAACCUAAAUAUGAAACCAUGGCUGUCUGCACAGCACACCCUGCAGAGUCAUGAUUACAUCCACCCCAAAACGCUAAGCCCUAAAUGUUUACUUAUGUUUCCUAUUUGGCAGAGGCAGCCCAAAAGGCAAAUAAAUCACAUGCUGUGAGCUGGCCAGGCCUUCGACUGUGAGAAACUGAGACUAAAAAGCAGAACAAGAGUUAAAGAGUAAAGGGUUUUCAGAUGUGAGUCCAGCCCAGCUUGGGUGUGCUCCCUUUUAUUUGGGAGAAUGGAGAGGACAAUCUUUGUUGCCUCCACCCCUUUAAAAAAGGAAGAAAAUCUAAAAGAAACGUGUGUUGGAGAGGGGAAGAGCUGCUGCCAAGGCACUGGGCCGUCAGACAGAUCUUCGAAGAACAUCUGCUAACCGCGGGUAACACUGUUUGGACAUCUGGUAACCGAAGGUUACACUGCGUCUCUUCCAUCCUGUCGGGUUUCCUGUUAUGCCUCGCUGUACACAGUCUGAGAAGUUUAGGUUUAUUAUACAUGGUCAUCAGUUGGGGAAAACGCACCUUUAUUCAUUUUUUCUGACAUGAAGGGAGCGCUUGGCUUCAUUGGGGUAUUCCUCUACUUUCUCUCCGAUGCCACUCAGGGAGGGCAUACCUUGCCAUUUGCCUGUGGGAAUAAUUCUCAGAAAUGUAUGGGCUAUUGCAAUAUCUGUCACGAUCUUUUCGGUGGACCAACCAAGGAAUGCCUUUCUGGGCUGUUGACAUUUCAAUGUCUGUCAGUUUAUGAGAGUGCAAUGAAAUCACUAAACAGCACUGACUGGUGCAUUUGGGGUAGCGUGAGUGGUUUGUAUAGUAACCUAAGCCUUUGCACAGAGGAUAUAUCUGACUGUCUCCUGAUCCCAUGGCCCAACUCUCUGGUGGAAGAGACCUUUGUGAGAAUCCAUUCUGAAUUUUUCAAGGAUUGUCCCACAGAGGAGCUAAGUGACCCUCCACCAGUCAUUGUCUUUGCCCUGGUGAUAACACCCAUCUGCUUGAUCCCUGUCAUGGUUAGCUUGGUGGUGCUCAAGACCAAGAACGGGGAUGGCAGCUCCUGAAAAACCUGGAAUCUCUUCUCACAGUCCUCAAAAUAUUGUAUUUUUGACCUAUGCUCUCCCUCAUAUUCCAAGCCGAGGACUAUAGCUUGUUUACAUCUACACCACUGCUGUGCUUUCAUCUCAUCAUUGACUUGGCAGAGGACUGAAUCUUUCUUUACCUGUGCUUCACAACUCUGAGGAGAUAUCAGCCACAGAGGAAACCUAUCGACGAAAUGACACUGAUUUGGAGUGAAUGUCAUAAUCUGUGGCAUCACAAUUACAACAACUCCUGUGAUGUUAACAGAGACCUACUGUGAUUAUUAUAAAUUCCUGUAACAUACUGUGACAAAUGUUAUAUUUUCAACCACCUGACUCGAGAUCUGAACAUUUAUAGACUGGUCACAUCCAAUUUGCACACACCAUUCAGAAAGCAGAGCUUGAUUUUUACUGUAGAACCCAGUAUUCAGGGUUAUGAUAACAAAAGCUCUGGAGCUUGCAAAAAUAAAGGCAAAAUAUAUUUGUGUUGACGCUCCGCAUUAUGUUGGACAGUGUUGAUAAAAGACAAAGUAAUUUUUAUUGCUGAAUUUUUUUGCUGCCGUUCACACUUUGCUCUGCUUUGAGCCAUGAAUUAGACAAUGUAUAGCAUGUUUGCAGAGGACAUGUGCAAACUAAACUGUUUUAAAUCUGAAUAGGAUACAGGUAUGUGUCCAUGUAGGAUCUAUGAAACGAUUCUCUAUAUGUGUAAUGAGAGGACAGGAAAAUGAGUGUAGUUGGAUGCAUGGAUCUGGUUAUGUGAAUCAUAGCAUUUGUAAGGUUUGGGGUCAGAAUUUACAGAUGGGACACAAUGAGUGGGUACACCCAGUAUGAGAGAUCUCUUUCCUGGUAUUGUCUAUUUUUAAACAGCAAAUCCUCCAGCACUUUCCUCUGUCUGAACGACAAUCCUCAUGGUCAUAUGAUGAGCUAACUAAAGCAAAGUUUAUCUAAAAUCUCCACCCAAUUCAGACAAAGAGGAAAGUGGAAAUGUGUGCGCAGUAUAGUGAUGAACACUGAGCGACGACAAGAAGAUAAAAGUGGUAUCUUUCGCCUGAAUUAUGAUAAUGAUGAUAUGUAUUGUUCAGUCUUGGUUGACGAUAAAGCCAUUGUAAGUGCUUUCUGAGUUCAAAAAGUGUAUUUAUAUACUGUGUAAUAUUUCUGCCAUAGUCAGGACUUCAUGGACUUACUGCACAGUCUGAGAGAACACAUUCUGCCUGCUCUCACACCAUGUACUGUAUGUAUUUUGAUAUACCUUUUUAAUAUUUUAUACAAAUAAAUCUACAGUUAGA